GCAGUGCCCGCAGGACCCCGGGGUGGACGCGGGCUGCCCGGCGCAGCGUCCGCAGGACCCCGGCAUCUACCCAUGUUGAGGUGAGUCUGCGGGAGCCGCCGCCGUCGCCGUCGUCUCAUUCCCGCCGCCGCUCUGCGCGGCUCCCCUGCCGGCCAGGAUGCUGGAGGAAGCGGGCGAGGUGCUGGAGAACAUGCUGAAGGCGUCGUGCUUGCCACUUGGCUUCAUCGUCUUUCUGCCCGCCGUGUUGCUGCUGGUGGCGCCGCCACUGCCCGCCGCCGAUGCGGCGCACGAGUUCACUGUCUACCGCAUGCAGCAGUACGAUCUGCAGGGGCAGCCCUACGGCACGCGGAACGCAGUGCUCAACACGGAGGCGCGAACAAUUGAUGCAGACGUGCUGAGCCGUCGCUGCGUGCUCAUGCGGCUGCUAGAUUUCUCCUAUGAGCAGUACCAGAAGGCCCUGCGGCAGUUGGCUGGUGCCGUGGUCAUCAUCCUUCCACGGGCCAUGGCUGCCGUGCCCCAGGAUGUCAUUCGGCAAUUCAUGGAGAUUGAGCCUGAGAUGCUGGCCAUGGAGACCAUUGUUCCUGUGUACUUUGCUGUGGAAGACGAGGCCCUGCUCUCCAUCUACGAGCAGACUCAGGCCGCCUCUGCCUCCCAGGGCUCUGCUUCUGCUGCUGAAGUGCUGCUCCACACUGCCACCGCCAAUGGCUUCCAGAUGGUCACCAGUGGGGUUCAGAGCAAGGCCGUGAGUGACUGGCUCAUCACCAGUGUGGAGGGGCGACUGACGGGGCUGGGUGGAGAGGACCUUCCCACCAUUGUCAUUGUGGCUCACUACGAUGCCUUUGGAGUGGCCCCUUGGCUGUCACAUGGUGCGGACUCCAACGGGAGCGGCAUCUCCGUGCUGCUGGAGCUCGCCCGCCUCUUCUCCAGGCUGUACACCUACAAGCGCACCCAUGCCGCGUAUAAUCUCCUGUUCUUUGCCUCUGGAGGGGGCAAAUUUAACUAUCAGGGGACCAAGCGCUGGUUAGAAGACAACCUGGACCACACAGAUUCCAGCCUGCUUCAGGACAAUGUGGCUUUUGUCCUCUGCCUGGACACCGUGGGCCGGGGGGACAGCCUCUAUCUACAUGUGUCUAAGCCGCCCAGGGAGGGGACACUGCAGCACGCCUUCCUGCGGGAGCUGGAGAUGGUGGCUGCUCACCAGUUCCCAGAGGUGCGCUUCUCAAUGGUGCACAAGAAGAUCAACCUGGCGGAGGACAUCCUGGCCUGGGAGCAUGAGCGCUUCGCCAUCCGCCGGCUGCCUGCCUUCACUCUGUCCCACCUGGAGAGCCACCGUGAUGGCCAGCGCAGCAGCAUUAUGGAUGUACGGUCCCGGGUUGACUCUAAAACCCUGACCCGCAACACAAGGCUCAUCGCAGAGGCCCUGACUCGAGUCAUCUACAACCUUACUGAGAAGGGGACACCCCCGGACAUGCCUGUCUUCACAGAGCAGAUGCAGAUCCAACAGGAACAGCUGGACUCGGUGAUGGACUGGCUCACCAACCAGCCCCGGGCUGCCCAGUUGGUGGACAAAGAUGGCACGUUCCUCAACACACUGGAGCACUAUCUGAGCCGCUACCUGAAGGAGGUGAAGCAGCACCACAUCAAGGCUGACAAACGGGACCCCGAGUUUGUCUUCUACGACCAGCUGAAGCAGGUGAUGAAUGCCUACAGGGUCAAACCAGCCAUUUUCGACCUGCUCCUGGCAGUCUGCAUCGGCGCCUACCUCGGCAUGGCCUACACGGCGGUCCAGCACUUCGACCUUCUGUACAAAACAGUUCAGAGACUCCUCCUGAAGGCCAAGACACAGUGACGUGGAUGUCGCCGUGCCAGCACCGCGGGCCCCCCCGCCUGCCACCCUCACCACCCUCAGCCUGCAGGGGCUCACCAAAACCCCGAAUUACAGAGCUUUUCUGUGUUGCUCUCGAGGAUUUGGGGGAUUCUUUCUCUUUUUUGUCCUUUGAACUCCCUUGGAGGAGCAUUCGGUGGAGUUCUGGGGCCAGGCCAUGGACUUGGGAAGAAGCCGUGGCUGAGCCUCUGGCCCGGGAGAUGGCCCUGCGGCCCACAGGCGCUAACCUGUGCUAUGAAAGAUUUGUCCAGCACAGCCUUGGGGUCACUCCUGCUCGUGAUGCCAACCAUGCCUGGCAAUGGCUCUGCACCUGUCCUCUGUGCUGUCUCCAUCUCCCUCCGUGACUCGGAUCCUCUCCUUGUGUUUGUCUGAAGAGGGAAGCACCACCCUCUGGGCCCCAGGUGGUAGCUCGUCCCUCAAAAGGUUGUCUCCUCCCUGGGCCAGCGCUGAGGCACAUGUCUCUCAGAACCCCUGUUGGACUGCUGGUGCCUGAAGACCCGGAGGCCUCCCCCAUUCUGUCACCUUCAUGCAGGGCCCCUAUGUCGUUCCCCGUCUCUGGAGCUUCUCUAGCCUCUGCUCUCACUGCACCCUAGAGAGUGCCGGCAUCUCCCCUAGGCUGUCUUCUCUGUAGGCUCCUGGGCUUCCAACUCCCAGCUCUCAAGGGGGAGCUGGGUGCCCUUGGAGACUCCAGGGCCAGAGAGAGACCUAGAGGAGGCGCUGGAGGAGAGGCCCUGGGCUGGAGACCUACUGGUCCCCCUGCAAACUCACUCCUUAGCCCACUGGGCCUGCCUCCUCACCUAUGAAAAGGAGGAUGCGUCCUGGGGGAGUGAAGUCCAUGUUGGGACCUGGUGAGGGGAGUCAGGGCAGAGUGUUUGCUGGAGAAGAUGUGACUGUAGGAUCCAGAGGGGGAAGGUGUGGGCUCUGUGGGAGCCUCGACUGAGCCCGCACCCCACAAACCAGGUGCCUCAUGGGGUGUGAGCUUCUCUCCUGGUGGGGAGAAGGCCUCCAGCACUGAAUGGACCUCAGGGAGAUGCAGGUGUACCAGUUCAUGAGCAAUAUAAUCAAGCAAGUGUUAAGGGGGAGGGUCAGGACAGGGAAGAAGAGGCUCCAGGCCCACCAUGGAGGUCUGAAGUGCUAUAAAGGGGCAGGAGGACUGACUCUCCUACCCAGCCUGCUGUUGCCCCUUCCCAAAGCCCACCAACAGGAGAAACUGGGCUGCUCUGGGGGCUCUUGUCUCUGCCUCCACCUCCAGCCUCCCACCUUUGCCAAACCAGUCCUUCCCUCCCUGGGCACAUCUGGUUGUCCUGUCUUCCAGCCUUCCAGGCCCCGGAUGUUGGCUAAGCCAGACCUAGGGAGAGGUCAGUGUGGGGGCCGCAGGUUCUUCUGCCUCAUUCCUUCUCCAUCCUGCCUAGUGGACUGACUUCCCCAGAGACUUCAUUAAACACCUGGCCACCUCUUGGGGUUUGGGGUUCACACCACGAGGUGGAUGGGUUGCAGGGAGACUGAUCCUUCCCCAAAUGUGACAGUGAUGGGUGUAUCAUCUGGGGUUGCCCAGUUAGUGUCCUUCCUCCCCAGAGUGGCUCAUCAGGACCGCAGAGCUCAGGCUGGUUGUGGGAUGCAGUUGGAUCAGAAAAUAAAGCCAUAUCGAACAAUCA